AUGUCUGCUGAUGACAUACGCGCCUUAAAGUUUAAACAUAUGGAGUACAAGAUAAACUUUAACCAUACACUCUUUUAUCAGUUCAAUUUACAAUCAUUUGUUGAUAUCACAAAGAAUUCAGUGUCUAAUACACUCAUCAUAAGAGACCCUUUUUUGGCUUACAAAGGAAAAUAUACAUGGUUUUUAGAUUACUUGUUACAACUAGGUGAUCGACAGAUUACAACUACUGCAUAUAACUAUAAUUGUGAAGUGAAGGAAAUCCCAGAAUCGACAGAUACGCUCUAUGUCUAUCAAUCAAAACGAAAUCCAUUAUUGCAACGUAAAUUGGUUGUACCGAGCAAUAUCAAGACUCUAGAUAUCUAUAUACGUGUCGCCAAAUUUGACGAUUUAACAUUUCCAAUUGGUCUAGAGACACUCUACUUUAGGUCUUCACCAUCGAUAAUCAACUUGGCCCAACCACACUUUACCAAUCUCACCACUCUAUCUAUAUCUGGUCAGAUAUUCGAAGGCGGCGCAUGCCCUCUGCCACCCAACUUGACCAAUCUAAGUAUGUCACACUCAAACUUUGACAGUCACCUCUUUGAUCGGUUGACAAGUCUAGUACAUGUGGAUCUACACCUACUGUCAGCAAGAGAUAGCUCACGGACACUAGAUCUAUCAAAACAAGUGUGUCUAGAAUCUUUUAUCCUUAAAGACUGUGUCAAUAAUCAAUCUCUUGGUGAUAUACACAUUCAUCUGUCUCGGACGUCGCUCACUCGUCUCUCGCUCCCACCUCGACUCAUUUCCAAACAAUCGACCAACCUAUUUCCAUCAACACUCAAACACUUGACUGUCUCUUUGGAGACCCUAACCGAUUUCAAAGUCACGUCUUGUUGUUUGGACACUUUAUGUCUAUCGGCCUGUAGUCGUUCUAUUACCUCUGAUCUUAUUCCAAACAGUGUCAAAACACUAAAGAUCGUAUUCACAAAUAUAAAUUUGGGUUGGUCAUUAUCGUCAUCAACAAACAUUACAAGUUUGGAUGUUACCUAUUUAGGUAAUAUUUGUGGAAUUAUCUCUUUACUGCCUCCUAAUUUGGUUCACUUUUCACUCGGUUGUGAAAGACAACUCCCUUCCUACUUUCUAGUUCUUCCAGUGCUUUAUCCAACAUCUCUUGAAACACUCGAUUAUUCCAGAGUGUUUGGGCGCUAUGACAAAAUAGUUGUACCAACCACCAUUUCAACGCUAUCUUUGAACCUUUGUUCGAUGCCAAUUGGAACAAUAUUUGAUCAAUUAAGAUUUGGAUCACUGCCACCAAGCAUCAAAAAAUUAGAGAUAAUGGUUUCAUUGGCAGACACUAGAAUUCGAUUGGAUGAAAUCAUCAACAAAACCAAUGUUCAAGAACUAACAUUGUCAUAUGAAAACCUUCCUCUCCAAAAUCAUAUAUCUAUUAGAAGAUUGGAUGAUCAUAAUAGGAAUGUAUUGGUUGUAGAUAAUAGAACUUUGAAUGGUGGUAUCAUAGAAACCAUCGACAUUGAUACCAAUCCAAUCUAUUUACAUUUACAAUGUUUUAAAUAUCAUCAAAAAUUAUGUUGGAGUAAUAAAAUUGGUCAAGUUGAUUAA